AUGGCAGCUAGGAUCCCGAUUAGCCAAGUUCCGGUGAUGUUUGCCCGCCGGCAGCCCAAGGUGUUCCACGCCACCCGACGCCUUCAGUCUUCCUCCGCUCCUCAAACUCAGAACCCCGCCUACCCCCUCUACCCCUCCGUCAGCCAGCUCCUCCACGAGAAGAACGUCCCCGAGUCGGAAGUGCCUAAGAUCCCCGCCUCCGGCCCCAAGGGCCGUCUCCUGAAGGGUGACGUGCUCGCCUAUCUUGGCCAGAUCGCCGCUGAGUACCCGGCAACCCAGGCCGCGACGCUGGCUAAGCUCGCCCACCUGGACCUGAGCAACAUCAAGAUCGUGGCGGCUGCCCCGAAGCCCGCCGCGCCGGCCGCGGAGGAGAAGAAGGAGGUCGUCGCCCAGCCGCUGCCCAUGGCCUCGAUUGCCAUUUCCGUCUCGCUGGCGGCCGUGCUGUCCGCACAGAAGAAGAUCCAGGAGAGCUUGGGUGUGACAGUUCCUCUGUCGCGCUUCCUGGCUAUCGCCACGGAUCUUGCAAACGACGACCUGCCCCGCUCUAAGAGCGAGAAGCCGACUUCUGAUGAGCUGUUUGAGGAGGUUCUCGGUGCCGAGCCUGUUAACACAUCACGCGGCGAUUACAUUCCUGAGCUGAACACCUUCAAGGCCUCAGGGGCCCGCCAGCCCAAGCCUGUGCACGAGGAUAUCAUCGACAUUCUUAGCGCCAAGCCCGGAAAGAAGGCCGUUGCUUCCACGGUGUCUGCUGUGGAUGGUGGCGCCGCUCAGAAUGUCUUCAGUUUGACUGUCCCCGCCGGCGAGGAGCUGCGCGCCAAGGCCUUCUUGGAGCGGAUUAAGACUCUCCUGCAGGUCGAGCCUGCCAGGCUGGUGCUUUAA